CUCUGAAGGGGGGCCUCGGCUUCAACACGUGAGAGAGAGGAGCGGAGAGGAGCCCUGAAGACACUGAAACAGUCCAGCACCUUUGACUCUAGGAGUAUAUUAUUCAUGUGUGAACCCACAGAGGCAUAGGACACCAACACAAUGCCCACAAUCACUCUACCGCCGAAGGAGAACGCUCUCUUCAAGAGAAUAUUGAGAUGUUACGAACACAAGCAGUAUAGAAACGGACUGAAGUUCUGCAAACAGAUCCUGGGCAACCCAAAGUUUGCAGAGCAUGGAGAGACGCUGGCCAUGAAGGGUUUGACCCUCAACUGUCUGGGGAAGAAGGAGGAGGCCUACGAGCUGGUGCGACGAGGCCUCCGCAACGACCUCAAGAGCCACGUCUGCUGGCACGUGUACGGCCUGCUGCAGCGCUCCGAUAAAAAGUAUGACGAGGCCAUCAAGUGUUACCGCAACGCUCUGAAGUGGGACAAGGACAACCUGCAGAUCCUUCGAGACCUCUCCCUGCUGCAGAUCCAGAUGAGAGACCUGGAGGGAUACAGGGAGACUCGCUACCAGCUGCUGCAGCUCCGUCCUGCCCAGCGGGCUUCAUGGAUUGGUUAUGCUGUAGCCUAUCACCUGCUAGAGGACUUUGAGAUGGCCGCCAAGAUUGUGGAGGAGUUCCGUAAGACGCAACAGACGUCUCCAGACAAAGUGGACUACGAGUACAGUGAACUGCUGCUGUAUCAGAACCAGGUCCUGAGGGAGGCCGGCCUGUACAAAGAGGCCCUGGAUCACCUCAACAACUAUGAGAAACAGAUCUGUGACAAACUGGCUGUGGAGGAGACAAGAGGAGAGGUGCUGCUAAAACUGGAGAGGCCUGAUGAGGCUUUAGAGGUCUACAGGAAACUCCAGGAGAGGAACCCUGAGAACUGGGCCUACUACCAGGGUCUGGAAAACUCCUUAAAGCCAGGUAGUGCCGAGGAGCGUCAGAAGAUUUACGAGGAGGCCUGGGUGAAGUUCCCUAAAGGCCUGGUUCCUCGAAGGCUUCCUCUUAAUUUCCUCACAGGGGAGAAGUUCCGUGAAUGUUUGGACAGCUAUCUGAGGAUGAACUUCAGUAAAGGCUGCCCGCCCGUCUUCACUACCCUUAAAUCCCUCUACACUGACAAAGACAAGGUUUCAAUCAUUGAAGAAUUAGUAGUCGGCUAUGAAACUUGUUUAAAAAGCUGUCGAAUGUUUAAUGAAAACGAUGAUGGGAAGGAGGAGCCCCCCACCACUCUGUUGUGGGUGCAGUAUUUUCUGGCACAGCACUUUGACUUCGUAGGUCAGCCCGUCCUCGCUCUGGACUACAUCAACACGGCUAUCGACAGCACGCCCACGCUCAUCGAGCUCUUCCUCAUCAAGGCCAAGAUCUACAAGCACGCAGGCAACAUAAAGGAGGCGGCUCGGUGGAUGGACGAGGCUCAGGCACUGGACACCGCCGACCGCUUCAUCAACUCCAAGUGUGCCAAGUACAUGCUGAAGGCCGGCCUGGUUAAAGAAGCAGAGGAGAUGUGCUCCAAGUUCACACGGGAGGGGACGUCGGCAGUAGAGAACCUGAAUGAGAUGCAGUGCAUGUGGUUCCAGACAGAGUGUGCUCUGGCCUACAAGGCUAUGAACAAGUUAGGAGAGGCCCUGAAGAAGUGCCACGAGAUCGAGAGGCAUUUUGUGGAGAUCACAGACGACCAGUUUGACUUCCACACCUACUGCAUGAGGAAGAUGACGUUGCGCUCCUACGUGGACCUGCUGAAGCUGGAGGACGUCCUGCGGCAGCAUCCGUUUUACUACAAAGCAGCUCGGACCGCCAUCCAGAUCUACCUGGCCCUGCACGACAAACCUCUGACUGACGACAACAAGGAGAGCCAGGCAGACACUGAGAAUCUGACAGACAAGGAGCUGAAGAAACUGCGCAACAAACAGCGAAGAGCCCAGAAGAAAGCGCAGCUAGAGGAGGAGAAGAAGAACGCCGAGAAAGAGAAGCAGCUGAAAAACCAGAAGAAGAAGAAAGAGGACGACGACGAGGAGAUCGGAGGGCCGAAAGAGGAGCUAAUACCUGACAAACUGGCCAAGCCGGACAGUCCUCUGGAGGAGGCGGUGAAGUUCCUGAUCCCUCUGAAGAACCUGGUGAGGAACCAGAUCGAGACUCACCUCCUGGCCUUCGAGAUCUACUUCAGGAAAGAGAAGUACUUGUUGAUGCUGCAGUCAAUAAAGCGAGCCGUAGCCAUCGAGCCUUCUAACCCAUGGCUGCACCAGUGUCUAGUGCGCUUCUUCAAAGGAGUGAGCGAGAGCACGGACCUGCCGGAGGCGGUGAGGACAGUGUUGAAACAGGAGAUCUCCAGGCUGUUUGGGGAGAGCAACCCUCAGAGCUACAACAAGAACUACCUGAGCCAACAUUCAAACUCCAUCCCACACAGACUGGCUGCUGCUAAGAUGAUGGUCUACCUGGAGCCUUCUUCUGAUAAGAUGGCCUGCGAGAUAGCGACGGCCUUAGACGAGUCGCUGACAGGAGGAAGCAUCCAGAUCUCUACUGAGGUGCUGGAGGCCUUGCGCGACGGGCAGCUGGGCGAGGGUCAGCAGCAGAAGGUGGUCGAAGCCUACCGAACCGCCUGCCACAAGAUCUUCCCCUACAGCCUGGCCUUCAUGCCUCCCGGUUACCAAGACAACAGCACCAACAUCAGUGCCAACGGCGACCUGUCGGCAGGAGAGCACGACGACAUGGCAAACGAAAUGUGAGCUCAUCAGAGGAAGAAGAGGAGGAGGAG